GUCUACUUCCGGUAUGCGGAGGCUGGAAUUUCAGGUUCCUCCUAUGUACUAGUGGGUUUCCGAGAGGGCGUUUUGGUGGGGAAAGUGUUCAAGCUUAAUAAUUCUUCGCCCUUUAUCUAUGUGUCCUAACACGGCUUUGUAGAGCAGGAUGACCGAGAGCGCGGUGAACAAGGAGGCGAACGGCGACGUGUGUCAGCAGCAGCACCGGGCGGUGAACGGCGGCGUGAAACCGGGCAGCAGCAGCAGGAACGGCGCCCUGAAGGACCAGCAGCACUGUCACCAGAGGGCUUUCUACAAACGAGACGAGAAGGUUUACCCCAGCGAGUGUAAUGGAGGCUUAUACAGCAAACCGUUCAUCGAGUCGUUUGAAGAGACCCCGAUGAUGGUGGCUGUGCUGACGUACAUGAGCUAUGGAAUCCUCACCAUUUUCGGCUACCUGAGAGACUUCCUCCGCCAAUGGAAGAUCGAAAAAUGUCACAUCGCUCGAGACAAAGAGGAACAAAGGGAUUUUGUCCCGCUUUAUCAAGACUUUGAGAAUUUCUACACCCGAAAUUUAUACAUGAGGAUCCGGGACAACUGGAACAGGCCCAUAUGCAGUGUGCCUGCGGACAAGAUGGACCUGGUGGAGCGAGUGUCGCAUGACUACAACUGGACCUUCAACUACACAGGCCGAGUGGUGAAAGACGUGAUCAACAUGGGCUCAUAUAAUUACCUGGGCUUCGCCGAGAACAAGGGCCCGUGCGCCGAUGCGGCAGCAGAAGCCACUCUGAAACACGGCGUCGGCGUGUGCAGCACCAGACAGGAGAAGGGUAACCUGGACAGACAUGAGGAGCUGGAGAAGCUGGUAGCGAGGUUCCUAGGUGUGGAGUCGGCCAUGGCGUUCGGGAUGGGUUUCGCAACUAAUUCCAUGAACAUUCCAGCACUGACUGGAAAGGGAUGUCUGAUCCUGAGCGACGAACUGAACCACGCCUCUCUCGUCCUGGGAGCGCGCUUAUCUGGCUCCACCAUCCGGGUUUUCAAGCACAACAACAUGCAGAGCCUGGAGAAGCUGCUCAGAGACGCUAUAGUGCACGGCCAGCCCAGAACCCACCGGCCCUGGAAGAAGAUCCUCAUUCUGGUCGAGGGCAUCUACAGCAUGGAAGGCUCCAUUGUGCGCCUGCCUGAAAUCAUCGCCCUGAAGAAGAAGUAUAAAGCCUACCUCUACCUGGACGAGGCUCACAGCAUCGGCGCUCUGGGUCCCCGGGGUCGGGGUGUGGUCGACUACUUCAACCUCGACCCCACAGACGUGGACAUCUUGAUGGGAACGUUCACCAAGAGCUUCGGGGCAGCUGGGGGUUACAUCGGCGGGAGAAAGGAUCUGAUCAAUUACCUGCGCUCUCAUUCUCACAGCGCAGUGUAUGCCACCUCUAUGUCGCCUCCCGUUGUAGAGCAAAUUAUCACUUCUAUGAAGUGCAUUAUGGGAGAGGAUGGAACCACGAUAGGCAGGGAUCGCAUCCAGAGGCUGGCGGAGAACACAAACUACUUCCGGAGGAGGCUGAGGGAGAUAGGCUUCAUCAUCUACGGCAACAACGAUUCACCUGUAGUUCCCAUGAUGCUCUACUUGCCCGCCAAAAUCGGGGCGUUCGGUCGGCAGAUGCUGAAGAGGAACAUAGGUGUGGUUGUCGUGGGUUUCCCAGCCACGCCCAUCAUCGAGUCCAGAGCACGCUUCUGCAUCUCUGCGGCUCACACCAAAGAAAUGCUGGACACGGCCCUGAACGCGAUCAGCGAGGUGGGAGAUCUGCUGCAGGUGAAAUACUCGCGCCACAAGAUCCUCCCGUCUCUCGACCGGUCCUAUGAUGAGACCACUUACGAGGAGUGCGAAGACUGAAGACCUUCCAGCCUUGAUGGAGACGUGCACUGCUCUCUCUCGCGCUCUCUCUCUCUUUCUCUUUCUCUCUGUCUUUCCUUCCCAAGCUUCACUGCACCACUUAAUACAUCUUAAGUCCUCUCUUUUCUCGUCUGUUGUUGUUGUUAAUGUCAUCAUGUUCUUGUUAAGCACAUGGAGCUCCUAUUACACUGCUUUCUUUUUUUUUUUUCCUUUCCUUCUUUCCUUUUCUGUUAGUUCUCAUCCAUCACUUUGACAUUCGGGAUCUGUCCUUAACUCGUUGUGACGUUUAUUUGAGAGCAAAAACACACCAAAAGAAAAAAAAAGCGCUUCAAUUCCUCGCCGCCAACCACAAGAUGCUUCAUACUGCUUAUUGCACUCGCUAAAGCCAUAUGUAACUGUGACCCUCAAACCGUUCUUCUCACGUGUACAAAGCUUCUUUUUGAAUAAGCGGGACCAGACCAGGGGCGGGAACAAACCAUCACGUCUCGGAGACAGACGCCGGCUUGUUAACCCGUUUCUUCUUCUUUUUGUUGCUUUUGUCAGCAAAAAUCUCAGCUUUUUUUUUUUUUUUUUUUUAAACAUAUUUGCAUUUCAAUCCUUUUGGUUCUUUGAAAAAAGUCACGCUCUUUAUACUGAUGUUUGUGGGUAUUUCGGGAGGGGAAUCCAUGCUCGACUCGUGCAUGUGCAUCAUUAAAUUGCAGUUUCGAAGAAUUCACCGAUCAAGUUGCACUUUAGGGGUGAAAAAUAAUUUAUAAAUAUAAAAAAUUCAGAUAAAAUAUUAUAUUCACAAAGGAACAUGUUAAAGGUUUGUAUUACAAGUUAGCAAGCCCUUUAUAUUGUUAUAUGAAUUACCAAAAAAAAAGUCUUAAAGUUUUUUUUUUUUUUUUCAACACUAGUCUUAACUCCUGCUUUGUCCCUGAUUCUCCACUGUGUCUGUGUACAUAUUUAUUUAUUAUGAAUAGCAAUGUCUUUUCUUUGUUCUUUGGCAAAUAAAAAUAAGAAAGAGAGAAAUUUUCCAUGUUUCUGGCAGCUCCAGAAACACGUGCGCGGAACUCCACGGUGUGCGCGCUCUCAGUGCGAAAAACUACUGAUGGCCAAGCUUCAUUCAUAAUCUUUCCAAAUCCAUGCAGAACUUUAAUUAUUAUUAAAAGAAAAAAAAUAAAAGGUGCUGAAAUGAACACGUGGCUUUUGUGCCUCGUCCUGUAUUCCUUCAUUCCGCUCGUUCGUUCUUUCUCACCCCGUCGUUCUUCUAUUAUGAACACAUUCGUCUUUAAAUUUAGUUAAUUCGAAAGAAUGUCACAGAUGGUGUUGUUUUGUUGUUUCUUGUCCUUGAAAUAAAAUUUAAAAAACCCUUGUAAAACACAAGAGUUGAGAUGUAUAACUGUUCUAUAAAUAUGAAACCAUGUUACAUAAUAAAAGGAAGAAUAUUGUUA